AUGGCGUUAAUGAAAUGCCGUUUCUACGAGAAUCAAUUCCCCGAUGUCGAGGAGACCGUUGUCGCCAAUGUUAAAAUGAUUGCCGAUAUGGGUGCCUACGUCCGGCUUUCCGAGUACAAUGAUAAAGAGGGUAUGAUCCUGCUCUCCGAGCUCUCCCGUCGUCGUAUCCGUUCAGUGAACAAGCUAAUCCGUGUCGGCCGAAGUGAAAGCGUCGUCGUGAUCCGUGUCGACAAGGACAAAGGUUACAUUGAUCUGUCGAAGCGUCGUGUCUACCAGAAAGACUUGAAACAGUGCGACGAGCGAUUCGCGAACGCCAAAAUGGUGAACAGCAUUUUGAGACACGUGGCCGAGCAAGUCGGAUACACUACCGACGAAGAGUUGGAGGAUUUGUACCAAAAGACCGCGUGGCACUUUGAUCGCAAAGAGAAACGGAAAGCAGCUUCAUAUGACGCAUUCAAGAAGGCGAUCACCGAACCGACGAUCUUGGAUGAGUGUGAUAUUAGUGCAGAUAUUAAGGAGAAACUCUUGGAGGACAUUAGGAAGAAGCUCACCCCUCAGGCGGUUAAAAUUCGCGCUGAUAUUGAAGUCUCCUGCUUCGAUUAUGAUGGUAUUGAUGCUGUGAAGGCUGCACUUAUUGCUGGAAAGAACUGCUCAAAUGGAACCUUCCCGAUUAAGAUCAAUCUCAUCGCCGCUCCCCACUUCGUCGUCACCACACAAACAUUGGACAGAGAAGGUGGAAUUGAGGCCGUCAACAGCAUUCUGGAUACUAUCAAAAAUGCGAUUGAAGGAUUCAAGGGAAAAUUCACGAUCAAGGAGGAGGCGAGAAUUGUGACGGAUAUUGAUGAUGAGAAGAAGAAGGGUGAUGGAGAUGAGGAUGAGGAGGAAUCAGAGGAAGACGAGGACGAGGAAGAGGAUGAGGAUGAUGAUGGACUCAUGGCUCCAAAGGGUUUGGAUCAACAAGUCGACGCGGAAGAAGCCAGCAGAGAUAACCGAAAGAAGGCCGGCGACGAUGAAGACAGUGAUGAGGAGGAUGAUUAAUUAUUUGAAAAUUGAAAAUUGAAAAUUCCCAUUGUUUUUUUUUUGCUUUUAUUGGUGUAAUUGGCUCCGAUUCUUUCUGGACUAUUAUUAUAGUAUUAUUCAAUUUUGGCACUAUCAUUUCUCUUCAUCUGUUCUGUUGUUUUGUUCCUUUCCCCCUUUAAAUGUGGAGUACCGAUAUUUUAGACUUUGCUUUUUUAGACCUAAAAUGACCCAAAACUACCGAAUUUUGUAAUGAGACGUUCUGAAAAUUUUUUACAAAAAAAAGUUAUGGCGGUUCAAAGUUUCGGAAAAAAUACCCCUUUUCAGCUAAAAUCGAAAUUUUGCCAACUUCUCGGUGUCUCAGUGUUUCGAACUUAAUUUUUAUUUAAUUAUCACUUUUUAAACAAUAUUUUGGUCUUUUAUUAGACGUUGAUUAGUUGAUUUUUCGAUCAUUGGGGCACAAAAAUGUAACUUUUAUUUGUCCCCCACUGGUCGAAAAUGUGCUUACAUUAACGAAUAAAUGUCUAAUAAAAGACCAAAAUAUUGUUUAAAAAGUGAUAAUUAAAUAAAACUUAAGUUCCAGACUCUACGACACCGAGAAGUUGGCAAAAAUUUCGAUUUUAGCUGAAAAUGGGCUAUUUUUCCCAGAACUUUGAACCGCCAUAACCUUUUUUUGAGAAAUUUUCAAAACGCCUCAUUAGGUAGUUUUCGGUAGUAUUUUGGGUCUAAAAAUGCAAAAUCUCAGGUUUCGAUACUCCACCUUUGACCUUCUAUUUAUUGUCUCCCAUCCCCCGUUUUUUUUCCAUUUUUGUGGGCUCCCAAUUCGUUAUGAACAGUGAGCUGGUU